AUCGCGCGAGGACUGCUCGAAAAUCUUCGGGAUGAUCUUCUCAGCCAGGCCGACCUGAUUCACUCAGGCUCGAAACUCGCGCCUUCCUGCGGUUAGCGGCGUCUAAGGUCUUCUUCGUAGUAAGCAUUCACGCGAUGGUGCUGAAACGCUAGGGUAGAGCUGCGCGUCCGCUCCCCUUUAGUGCCUGCGAUUCUCGCAGAGGUGCGAGCUGUUAAGCCCACUAGCUGGACGGGUCACGUCACGUGCCGCUGCCGGCAUUCUGUGAAGAUCAGACGACCGCGAUAUCAGGCGAAGCGGAGAAGUGAUCUGGAGCAACCGAUAGGCAGCGACGUGUGCGACGAGCAGGCGAUAGAGCGGCGGGCGGCGGCAAGGGGCGAUGCAGAGCCUGGGGCGGGAGCUGGGCAGCCCGCCGACGGACGGCAUAUCGAAUCUGCGCUUCUCGAACCACUCGGACAACCUGCUCGUGUCGUCUUGGGAUGGCAACAUGCGGCUGUAUGACGCCAACAGCAACACGCUGAAGGGCACCUUCCCCCGCCGCGGGCCCGUGCUGGACUGCUGCUUCUACGACGACGCCUCGGGCUUCGCUGUCAGCGUGGACCAGUCAGUCGUCCGGUACGACUUCAGCGUGGGCAGGGAGGACGUGCUGGGGCACCACCAGGGGGCAGUCAAGAGCGUCGAGUACUCGCACGCCACGGGCCAGCUCAUCACGGGGGGGUGGGACCGCACGGUGCGCUGCUGGGACCCCAGAGCGCCGGCCUCUCACCUGCGCCUGACGGUCACAGCAGAGCAGCCCGAGCGGUGCUACUCCAUGUCGCUCGUGGGCAACCGCCUGGUGGUGGCCAUGGCGGGGCGCCACGUGUCGGUGUAUGACCUGCGCAGCAUGGCACAGGCGGAGCAGCGGCGCGAGUCAUCGCUCAAGUUCCAGACGCGGUGUGUGCGCUGCUACCCCAACGGCACGGGGUACGCAUUGGCGUCCGUGGAGGGGCGCGUGGCCAUGGAGUUCUUCGACCCUGCUGAGGCUGCUCAGGCCAAGAAAUAUGCCUUCAAGUGCCAUCGGAGAUCAGAGGGAGGGAGAGACACCGUUUUCCCAGUCAACACCAUUGCGUUUCAUCCAAUCUACGGCACCUUUGGCACGGGUGGUUGCGACGGUGUCGUGAACAUUUGGGACGGCAACAACAAGAAACGACUGUACCAGUACGCCAAGUACCCCACCAGCAUCGCGGCGCUCUCCUUCUCUCGCGACGGCCGCCUGCUGGCCGUGGCGGCCAGCUACACCUUCGAGAUGGGCGACAUCCCGCACGAGAGGGACACCAUCUACAUUCGCAACGUGAACGAUGCCGAGGUGAAGCCCAAGCCCAAGACGUACAGCACCGCCACAUAGGCCAUGGGCAAGGGGGCACCAUGGACAUGGCUAGUCAACCAAACAGACUAGACAGACUACUGAGUGCUGGCAUCUCCUCUGCCGCCAUCACACACACAGCUGGGCUGUGUGGGGGAGUGCAUGCAUGUGCAUGUUGGGGUGUCAAACGCAUCCAAGUGAGGUAUGCUUGGUGCUGUUAAUACCGCCAGACCGACCAAGCGUGGAAUCUGCAUGCAGCCUGCCUGCCGUUAGUUCAGCGUGUGGACAGCUCUCUAGGCCACGCCUUCAGGUCAGAGCUUGAAUAGAGGAGGGGUCAAAACGGGUGCCCUGCACACAUUCUGCAACAUCAAUCCAUUCCUACUCCAUCA